AUGGUGGUUAUAAAAAAAAGUCGGAAGUGGAAAUUAGCUCUCACAAAAAACAAAUUUGCAAAUGAUUUUAUUAAAAGUGGUGACUUUUGGUUAUCAAAAAAGACCAUCCUCCGGUUUUCGUUAUUUGGUGCCGUUUUUUCUCCUCCACGACGUGCCAAUACCGAAUUUUUGCAGAAAAACGAAGCCACCUCUGGGGCGUCACCCUCAGCAAGGAGAGUCGGUGUCGGGUUCAGGGGAAGAAAGAAGAAUCAAGAGUCUGAUUACCCUGCUCUGGCUACUUUUAAACAGCAUCAGGACGACCAAACGGACCUGUUGACUUUCCAAGGUGUCAAGACCAUCACCAAGAAGACUUUUCUAAUAACAGUCAAGACGACGGGUCUGAUGCCAAAUCUACAAACCCUUGACCAAUGGAUGACGACAGAGGGCGUUGGAGCAGCUAAAAGGUAGGUGCAGUGUCCAUUUAUCUCGCAUGAACAUUCCUCAAACGCACAAUCAACUUGAGAAUUUAGAAAACAUCUGUGCAAGGUAAUUGAUAAACCUCUAAUGAUAGUGAUACCCGAGAAAUGUGAGAAUUGAGAUAACUGCAGUUACCACUAUUUCGAAAUGACAAAGUCCAACGUAAAGUAAUAAACUUGGUACGUGACUUGAUGUUUGAAUAUUUUAAUUCAAAAACAGCAACAUUUUUGGCUUCAAAAUUUUCAUUUGGACUUUAAAC